UCCCUUGUCUUGGGCACAAAGCAUAUAUUGAUAGAGAGAGAGAGAUAGAAACCGCGAAAAAAGAUAGAUUGGAAAAUUGGGUUUUUUACUCUUUCGUUUGAACUCUUAACAUUACUAGUAGUCUAGUAGCUUUUUUUGAUUGAAUUUCUCUUUCUACAAAAGCCCCCUUUGCGGUGAUAACAGCUAAACCAUUGAAACUGAACAGCCAGUGUGUGAUCAUUCUCUCUCUCGUUCUCUUUCAAUGGCAUUGGAGAAUCUUCCUUUGAUCAUAAAGCUUAACAUUUCUUCCAAACGAAAGCUUGGCGUAAAUGAAAGCGUCGAGGUCAGGAGCAUGGAGGAAGGCUUUCAGGGAUCAUGGCACCCGGGGAAAGUUGUCCAUUCUGGGAAACUGCAGCGCCAUGUCAAAUAUGAUAACGUAUUACUUGAUGAUGAGGUGAAUUACCUUGUGGAUAAGGUGACUGUUCCGAAGGUAUUGGAUGGCGAUAGCGACUCUUCAAAUUGCAACAUUCGUGGUUGGAUUAGGCCGGUGCCUCCUAAGAGGGAAUUUGAAAGUAGGGAACUUAAAUUUGGUCUGUGUGUUGAUGUGUACCAUGAAGAAGCUUGGUGGGAUGGGGUUAUAUUUGAUCACUGUGAUGAAAAGCCAGAGAGGAGUGUAUAUUUUCCGGAUUUGGGUGAUGAGAUGAAGAUUGGAGUUCAUCAAAUGCGGAUAACUUAUGAUUGGAAUGAGGUUACUGGGGAGUGGCAGUCGAGAGGGAACUGGGUUUUUCUUGAAGUUCUUGAGGAGUAUGAGAGGAAGAUGUUUAUUUCAGUUUCAGUGAAGCAAGUUUGGUAUGAUGUAAGGACCAAAAAGGACUUCGCCAAGAUUGGCGAAUGGACUUUUAAUGAGAAAGAGUUAUGGAAAAAAAUGGUAAUGGAGGUAGUUGAUGAUUACUUAAGGCUUACACUAGGAGAAGUUUGCUCCUCCUUAGAUCUUCCAAGGAGUUUAUUGAGAGAAACACUGGAGAUGGAGUCGGUUGAAUCUACGGCUAAUGUUGACUUCAAUCAGGAAGUUGAUAUGGCCAACUCUUUGGAUGUUGCGAACUCUGCUGGCCAGUCGAGUAGCAUUUGUAUCACAGCUGCUCAUUGUGAUGGUACCUCUGAUAAUGCAUUUGGUUCUGAUGAUGGGAUUGCUGAACUCCCUAUGGAAGAAGGUGAGUCAUCGAAUUUGUUGAACGCUGUGCAAAAGUGGCCUACCAUUCAGGAUCAAGGGGUCAAAACUGUCCAUCAGAAAGAAGUUUCAGUGCAGAAAGAACCCGUUACUCCUGUUGAAGAGGUCUCAACUCAGUUUCACAAAGAAAUAUCCUGCGUUGGUGCUACUGAAGUAAUAGUUAAUGGAAGAAAACAUAGAAAGCUUCGCAGCUCAACUCAACAUUGGGAACCUCUCAGAUUGUCUGACGUUGAGUUAUGUCCUGAUUCUAUUGAAGAAUAUGCACAGGCAGGUAAAAGAGCUUGCCCUGAAAAAGCACGAAAACAACUUGCGUAUCUUGGAUGGGAAAUUGAGUGGACAAAGCGUAAAGCAAGCGACACUUGCUAUAGGUACCGAUAUAGGUCGCCUGAUAAACAGGGUGUUUACUACUCUCUCAGUCAAGUUUGUAAGUAUGUGGCACAGAACUCGGACAUGAACCCUUUGCCGUCCCAAAAUGAUCAGAGUAUGAUGCAACUUACAGCUGACAAUCAUCUUGAACCUAUUCUUAUUGAUGAAUCAGAAAAGAGUCAGGAUCGAAAUGAUCAGAGUGCGAUGCAACUUACAGAUGACAAUCAUCUUGCACCUAUUCUUAUUGAUCAAUCAGAAAAGAGCCAUGAUCUAAAUAUUUUGCCACCAGUUGUGUCGUCUCCUGUGGAUGAAGUUGCAGAUGAACCUGAGUUUUGUCCUCAAGCUGUUUUAGAAUAUCUCUUCAAUAGAUCUGCAAUGCGAGGGCCUGACAUGAAAGUGGGUAGGUCCAAAGCAAAGAGGCAUCUAUUGGCUGAAGGAUGGAGCUAUCACUAUGCAAACCCAAGAAAUAAAAGACAAGGGUUUGUGUAUAUCCCUCCAGACAAGGGAAGAAGUCUCCCAACACUCCAUGCAGCUUGCCAUUAUUGUAUUAAACAAAAUGUUUCUAAAUGGACCGACCUCGGAAUGCAACCUUUGAAUGGACAGGAUAAUGUUGACCAGGUUUGGAGUGCAAAUUUAUUGCAGAAAGCGUCCCAAUGGCUUCGAGAGGAAGGCAUGGUACCUCCCACAGAAGUCAUAACUUCAAGUGGAUCAAACCAUAGUCGGAAGCGGAAACUCUUGAACAAUACAAAGCCCAGCUUAUCUAAGCCCCAAAGAAAUGGAUUACCUCGACGCGUGCUGCGAUCAAAUAAAAGGGUGCAAAAGGUGUCUACCCCUUCUUUGUCACACCAGAAACCUCAGAAUGUACUCUCUUGGUUGAUAGACAACAACAUUCUGUUGCCAAGGUCUAAGGUUUCUUACAAGCCAAAAGGCAGGCUCUGUUUAGCUGAAGGGAGAAUAACCAGUGAUGGAAUCAAGUGUAAUUGUUGUUUGAAAGUAUAUAGUCUUGCUGGCUUUGAAAGUCAUGCUAGUGGCUGUAGUACACGCAGACCGGCUGCAAGUAUUAUUUUAGAAGAUGGUAGAUCACUGUUAGAUUGCCUGAUAAAAACAGUGGAAGAUCAUAUGACAAGGGAAGCUAUGGCAGAACCACCAAAAUAUUUUCGUAAAGGCGAGAAUGACAAUAUUUGUUCUGUUUGCCACUAUGGUGGGAAUCUAAUUUUAUGCGAUCAAUGUCCAUCUUCAUUUCAUGGGAAAUGUCUAGGUCUGAAGAACAUUCCUGAUGGUGACUGGUUUUGCCCAUCAUGUCGAUGUGCAAUUUGUGACAAACGUAACAUAAAAGAAAAGGAGGAAGAUUUCCUUGUUUGCAUUCAGUGUGAACAUAAAUAUCACUUUGAGUGCCUCAGAAGUAAAUAUGCAACUAACUCGAGAAGAUAUAGUAAAAACUGGUUCUGUGGGAAGGACUGUGAAAAGAUAUAUUUUGGUCUCCAUAAGCUACUAGGAGAGCCAGUUUCAGUGGGCAUUAACAAUCUAACUUGGACGUUGGUGAAAUAUAUAAACUCCGAGAGUAGUGAUCCGUGUACUACUCAAGGUUACUUAUUGCCAGAAAGUUACAGCAAACUCAAUGUUGCACUCUCAGUGAUGCAUGAAUGUUUUGAGCCCCUAAAGGAACCUUCGUCUACCAGAGAUCUCACGGAAGAUGUUUUAUUCAGUCAAUGGUCAACACUUAAUCGAUUGAAUUUCCAUGGUUUCUAUACCGUACUUCUGGAGAGAAAUGAAGAACUGAUAAGUGCAGCAACUCUUAGGGUUUAUGGAAAGAAGGUAGCAGAAUUGCCUCUUAUUGGUACCAGAUUACAGUAUCGGCGACAUGGAAUGUGCCGCAUUUUGAUGAAUGAGCUUGAAAAGAGGCUCAUGCAGUUGGGAGUGGAGCGGCUCGUUUUGCCUGCUGUUCCUAGUGUUGUAGACACAUGGACUGGUUCUUUUGGCUUUGUAAAGAUGACAGAGUUCGAGAGGUCGCAAUUCUUGGACAAUACUUUUUUAGAUUUUCAGGGUACCAUCAUGUGCCAGAAGCUGCUGAAGAUUCCAUCUUCAGAACCGGUUUUGUUAAUAGAGUCCCAACAAAGGACACAGCAUGUUUUGCCUGGAAACAAGUUAAAUUUUGACGCCGAUCUGAUAUCUGAAGUAUUACACCAAGCAGAAGAAACUGACAAAGGAGAGAGAGAGAAUUCACAAAUCCACAAUAAUUGUGCUGGAAGCAAUGAUCAUUGCAGUAAUGGUGCCAUUGACAUUGAGCAAGUCACACCGGUGAAUAAACCAAGUCCUGAGGAUCAACAGUGGCAGAAUGAUCCACAGAGCUCUAUUGUAACACAAGCUGGAAAUAACUGCUCAAGACUUGAAUAA